CGGGCCUAGCCUGGGACACCGACCACCGACCAUCUCAAUAUCCCGCAUCUCUCGUCAUCCAACCUACACACAAGACUCUCUUCCAGCUGACCAUUUGUCCCUUAGUUGUGCAGAUGCAUCGCAACCACAGCAUGAAUCCGCAUCAGCCCUCUCAGCCACAAGCUCUACGUCGUUCUCCAGGCUCCUCGGACCGGCAUCACCGGCGACUGCCUUCAGGUUCCGCCAAGCCAGAGCCUGAUUUCAAAGACAUCAGACAGAGACCAAAGCCCGACCUCAACCCCAAUCCACAAGUCAUUCAUUACCCAUCAUCAUCAUUAUCGAGGUAUGUCCUCGCAUUCCCACAUCUGUCUCUGCGAUGCAAUCUCCUACCGCCCUUCGCUUGGCCUCAGUCUCACUGAAUCCUAGGCCCAUUGCCAUCGACAACGUGCGUCAGCAACAUUCCAAUUCACCGCAACAACAAAAACUGAGUCGUGCGCCUCAUCCACGUGACCACUCGUUUACCCAACAUAAACCCAACAACAACAACUCCAGGCGAGAACCCGAGUCUGCACUCAAAGCCCUGUCACUGGAAGAUGACAGUAAGAAAUGCCAGCCUCAGCUCUCCGAACCUCCGCGUUACACUGUCAAACGCGUUCACCAUGACGGAGAUCAAUCCUACCCCCACAAACACUGUCGCUCUUCCGCAUCUCCCUUUUCAUCUCCCAACAACCAAAACCCUUCAGGCUCAUUCAGGACGCACUCUCCGCCGCAUGCGAUAACCUCCUCACACCGGACCGCCCCGUCAUCCCCACAAAUGCCAUUCCCUCAGUCGACCCGUUCAACCCAGCCAACCUCGGUGCAGACCUCCCAGCAAGUCAGCUGGGCCGCACUCCGAGAGUUCGAGAGGGCCCACCCCCCCAGCACCCUGACACCGAAUGUUGUCUAUGACCCCACACCUGAACAGGACACUGGUAUCCUCCCUCAGCCAGAAACCCGUCCCAUUACCCAGGCCCAGCUAGUUAAUGAGGUCAAGGGGAUCUACGCCGGGUUAGUGAUGGUAGAGAAGAAGUGCGUAGAAAUUUGCCUUCAACAAUCUCAGACCGACACCAAACUCUCCAACCAACAAUGGCAGGCCCUCAUAGCACUUCAUCGCACUCUCCUGCACGAACACCAUGAUUUCUUCCUCGCCAGCCAGCAUCCCACCGCCUCGGUCGCGCUUCGCCGCUUACCAACCAAGUACGCCAUGCCAGCACGCAUGUGGCGCCAUGGUAUUCACUCCUUUCUCGAGCUUCUCCGACACCGCCUCCCCGACUCCAUUGAACACAUGAUGAGUUUUGUCUAUCUCGCGUAUCAGAUGAUGGGAUUACUCAUGGAGUCUGUCCCGGUCUUCUACGAGACCUGGAUCGAGUGUCUGGGUGAUCUCGCUCGUUAUCGCAUGGCAAUCGAGGAGGCCGACAUGCGCGACCGUGAAAUCUGGUCCAACGUGGCGAGAAUGUGGUAUAACCGUGCUGCAGACCGUUCUCCAAACACUGGACGCAUUCAACAUCAUCUCGCCGUCCUCGCCCGCCCUCAUGUCAUUCGCCAGCUCUUUUAUUACUCAAAGUCCCUAAUUAGCGUCACUCCUUUUGUCAACGCUCGCGAUUCGAUUAUGCUGCUCUUCACUCAGUUCCUUGAGCCUGAUACCGCAAGUCUAAAGUACACGAGGAUUGAGACUUCUCUCGUCUCUGCCGCUGCUCUCGUCUUUACCCGCGGAUCCAUUCACCAAUACAUCGUCCACAUGUUGGAUUUCACCCAGGAGCUCGAAGUUCAGAUCACAAAUUCAGGAUCCAAUUUCAAAGUUCUUGGCCCUGAGAUCGCCAGCUCAUUGGCCGCCAUGAUCUUUGAUAUCGGCAAUGAUGACAAUUAUUUGUUCAAUGCGAUUCGCGCUCACCAAAAUAAGCUUCGACCCAACGUCAACGACAAGGCUCAGGUCACGAAUGUUGAAAAUGCCCCGGUUGAGGAUCCCAAGCUCAAGGAAACCAUCCAUCGUGAAUACUGGCACCAACUUGGAACAUCCCAGGAUCAGGAUCCAUCUGUGACGCAUGCCCAGCCCCAUGGAGGAGAUAGGCCAGACGCCAAAUUUGAAUCCUCAGAUGAGGUCACCUCAUACGUGCUGCCAGUCUGGUGCUCAUGCAUUUCCACCGUCGCCAACAAAGUGGGGGACCGUAACGUCCUUCCAUUUAUCCACAUUACUCUGGCUUUUAUCUGGAGCUUGUCCUAUGUACCAGGCGCCUUGGUUCAUGUUGAACAAUACAUUCCAUGGGAUAGCAUCAUCUUGUGUUUGAAUACCUUGAGCAGAUCAGGCGUCUCUGACCUCAGAGUCGAAUCCGAGGAAUUCCCCCAACAGCAGAGCGGUACAGGACUCCAACUUCCCGAGGAUUUCGUCAUUCGAGGUCUCGCCUGGGCUCCUUAUUACUUUCCCGAGGAUUUCUUUAAGCUUUCCACCGUGGACGAAGACGAGCGGACCCUGGAACUGCCGAGCCAUUCAGCCCCGAGAGUUGAAAGGUGCCUGUGGCUCGGCCACAAAAUAUCUACGGUGAAUCGCUAUAUCGACUACAACGCUCGAACCAAGGAAUUUUCGCUGGCGGAAUUUGGCGCCUCUUUGACCAAAACUGGUGCUACUAAUCCGCUGCGCCUGCAACUGAAGAGCUAACAUCGGGGCGUUUGACAGGGGCGGCGUUAUUGAUGGAUUACCUCUAUCAACAGCACCGCCCCUGGCAAACGCACCGUAGUAGACUUGAACAACCAGCAGCGCGACACAAAAACAACAAUAUCAAUCAACAUGGAUACUCAUAUACACGGGUUCCUGGCGUGUUAAACUGGAUGAGUCUCAUCGGCAGGCGUUUCGUAUCUCUUUUUGUCUAUGGUGUUCACCUGAGGGCAGGUGUUUUCCUCACGGAAAUCGGUUCUGGCCAGAACCAAUAGACUUUUAUAAUUGCUUUGAUGAAGCUGUCAAUCAGAAUCUAUGUGAUUUUGACUCGAGACCGUUUGCGAAAUGUUCGUUCGCUCGUCAUGCG